GAAGAGGAGGAAUACACGGUGUGACGACGGUGUCACAGUUAACAACUGAUCAGGUUGACCGGGUGUUAAGGCCUAACGUCACCGACACUGAGGGAAUAACAGAUCCGGAGUGGUAACUAAACCCCAGAGGAGAGGCUGCUGUCGUCCGGACCACUGUCUUCUUGUUGUCGCUCUCUGGGAGGAAGAGGAGGAAGAAGAAGAAGAAGGGCGAGGACACCAUGGCUCUACUUGCCCCGCAGAUCCGUGGACUUCAGACGGAUGAGGAGGACUCCAGAGUCCUGAAAGUGAAGGUCAUCGGUGGAAUUGGACUGGCCAAAAAAGAUAUUCUUGGAGCCAGUGAUCCAUAUACAAGACUGUCCCUCUAUGACCCCGCCAAUGGAGAGAUCACCAGUCUUCAGACCAAAACAAUAAAAAAGACGCUGGACCCAAAAUGGAAUGAAGAAUUCUUUUUCAGAGUUAAUCCUCAGAAACAUCGCCUGCUGUUGGAAGUAUUUGAUGAGAACCGACUGACGCGUGAUGACUUUCUGGGACAGGUGGAUGUCCCCUUGAAUCAGAUACCGACAGAAAAUCCUAACACAGAAAGGCCAUACACAUUCAAGGAUUUUUUGCUUCAUCCACGAAGCCACAAGUCCAGAGUUAAAGGUCAUCUACGUCUCAAAAUGACCUAUCUGCCAAAAAACCCCGGUUCAGAGGGGGAAACAGCAGAUCAGACUGAGGAACCUGAUCCUGGUUGGGAGCUGCUGGAGGCUCAGGACAUGUCAGGUCCCAGACAAAGCCAGCUGCUGCCUGCUCUGCCCCCUGGCUGGGAGGAGCGGCAAGACAAUCUGGGAAGAAUCUACUUUGUCAACCACGAAAGCAGAACCACACAGUGGUAUCGACCCACAAUACAAGACAGUGAUGUAGAGAUGCACAGAAGACAGAACAGUGAUAUAGAUGUGGAGCAUGCGUUUAAUACACGCAGACAGAUCUCAGACCAUGAGGAAAAUGCCACACGAGAGUCUCCCGAGAGCUGGGAGAUCAUUACAGAGGACGAGUCCACCAUGUAUCACAGCAACAACCAGCUUGCAUCACCUCCACCCCAGAUACCUGCGUUCUGUGGCGAGCUGAGAAACUUGCAAGUUUCAGGGGCCACAGCUGGCGAGCAGCGCGCCUCCCGCACGGAUCAUGCUAGUAAUUCAAGCCAUUCCAGUUUUAGAAGAAGCUCCCAGAAUUCAACUGGAGAGGAACAUCCUGUUAGUCCUGUGCUGGUUCCAACCUCAUCUGGCCUGCCUCCAGGGUGGGAGGAGAAGAGGGACAGUAAAGGAAGACGCUACUUUGUCAACCACAACAGUCGAGCGACAACUUGGACACGACCCGUCAUUCAGAAAACCUCAGACGCAGCAACAGCAGCAGCAGCAACAGCAGCAGCAGCAGCAGCACAGAGUGUUUCAAGUUUACCCCAAAGUCCGCCACCGCAACUGCCCACUACAUCCCCGGAGGCGUCUCCUCAGCACACACCAAGCCCAGAGGCCACAUAUGAAUCUGGAUUCUUGCCAGGUGGUUGGGAAGUUCGCAGUGCUCCCAAUGGAAGACCGUUUUUCAUUGACCACGCCACAAAGACGACUACCUGGGAAGACCCCAGACUAAAGAUUCCUGUACACAUGAGGAAGAGACCCUCACUUGACCCUGCUGAUCUUGGCGCUCUGCCGCCUGGUUGGGAGGAAAGAGUUCACAGUGAUGGGAGAGUAUUCUACAUUGAUCACAACACCAAGAUCACACAAUGGGAUGAUCCUAGAUUACAGAACUCAGCUAUAACUGGACCAGCUGUGCCUUAUUCCAGAGAUUAUAAACAGAAGUAUGACUACUUCCGGAAGAAGCUGAAGAAACCAGCUGAUAUCCCAAAUCGCUUUGAGAUGAAGCUGAGACGAAGCGCUGUGCUGGAGGACUCGUACCGACGCAUCCUCUCAGUAAAGAGGGCAGAUCUGCUGAAGGCACGACUGUGGCUGGAGUUUGAGGGAGAGAAAGGACUGGACUAUGGUGGCUUGGCCAGGGAGUGGUUCUUCCUCAUCUCCAAGGAGAUGUUCAACCCGUACUACGGACUGUUCGAGUAUUCUGCCACGGACAACUACACACUGCAGAUUAACCCUAACUCGGGUUUGUGUAAUGAGGACCACUUGUCCUACUUCAAGUUCAUCGGCCGUGUGGCAGGCAUGGCUGUGUAUCAUGGAAAACUGCUGGAUGCUUUCUUCAUUCGGCCUUUCUACAAGAUGAUGCUGCAGAAGCCGAUCACCCUCCAGGACAUGGAGUCUGUGGACGGUGAAUAUUUCAAUUCCUUGAUGUGGAUUUUGGAGAAUGACCCAACAGACUUGGAUUUGAUGUUCACCAUCGAUGAAGAGCUUUUCGGACAGACUCAUCAACAUGAACUGAAGCCAGGCGGCAGUGAGAUUGUCAUCACUAAUGACACCAAGAAGGAAUACAUUGAUCUGGUGAUUCAGUGGAGGUUUGUAAACAGGAUUCAGAAGCAGAUGACUGCAUUCAAAGAGGGAUUCUUUGAGCUGGUACCACAAGAUCUGAUCAAGAUCUUUGAUGAGAAUGAGCUCGAGCUGCUCAUGUGUGGUCUCGGAGACGUGGACGUGAACGACUGGAGAGAGAACACCAAGUACAAGAAUGGCUAUUGCUCCAACUUCGUAGUUAUCCAGUGGUUUUGGAAAACCGUGCUGCUGAUGGAUGCAGAGAAGCGAAUCCGGCUCUUACAGUUUGUGACGGGAACAUCCAGGGUCCCAAUGAAUGGCUUUGCUGAACUCUAUGGGUCUAACGGACCACAGCUGUUUACCAUUGAGCAGUGGGGAACACGCGAUAAACUCCCCCGAGCCCACACAUGCUUCAACCGUCUGGACCUUCCUCCUUAUGAGUCAUUUGAGGAACUGAGAGAGAAACUUCACAUCGCCAUUGAGAAUGCGUAUGGUUUUGAUGGGGUGGAUUAAAACCGGGCGUGGUGAAUGAACUGACAUUUACUGCCAUCAGAGUAAAGCUGAUGCCAAGCAGAGAGACGAGCUUGGCGUUAGACCCCGGUCUUAACCUGCCAGCUGUGUGACAGAUGAAGGACAGUCGCACAACUCUCACUUUGCUCUUUCGAGACGCAUGGAGAAAAGGACUUCAAAUCUGGAGAGACCGAGGACUUAAUUCACGAAAUUUAAUGUUUACAAAUUAGAUUUUCUUCUUAUUAGAUUAUUUUGUUUUUGCAUUUUAUACAUCGCUCAAAAGUGGAUCGACUUUUAUCUGUUCUGUUAAAAGUUUUAAUAUUUAAAGGUCAUGAUUCGAUGAAAUGACAAUAUUACAGAAUUUAAUGUGAAUGUAAAACCAUCAGUUUAAUUUGGGGUGAACAGCCUCAGAAACACUUAAUGUUCAGCUUCUCACAUCAGAGACUUAAUGUAGUUAUGUUAGCCAUAAGCCUGUCCCUAUCACUAAAUGAAUACAAACAUAUGCGGGGUGUUGAGUUGGACCAUGGGUUAGAAUAGUCAAAGAUACUGUGGUGAAGUUCAUGUUUAUAUAUAGACAGUAUACUGUGUUUAAUGUAUGAAUGAGACUUACACCCAUGUCUAUUGUCCAGAACUAUUAAACUCCAAAAUUACUUAAAACUAAAUGUGAAUAGUGAAAUUGGCCCAGCUGCUUAAAGAAAUCACACAGAAGUUUGAAAGAAAAAAGUUUGAGGCAUCAGUGAGAUUAUUCCACAUGUAUAUAAAGUUUUAGCCAACAAAACAUAAAUACAAAUUGGUAAUUGAACCCAAAAUAAAUAACUUAAAGAUGUUUUCUUCCCCAUUUCCUUUUAUUUGAAUUUUACGUAACUAUUUUUCAUUCCAGUAUAUUAGAACCUCUAAUGCAGGAAACCCACAAUGUAAACACCUCAUAACUGUAGCAGAAACUGUGCAGAUAUAUCCAAGUGGGAGUGAUUACACUUGAACAAAGUGUAUUAAUUCAGCUUUAUAGUAGUGAUGCACCAGGACCAGGAAAUGGCUAAACAAAAUAUGAUACUGUAGCAGUGUUUCCACAGGUGAAAAGAAGUGACAACAUGCAGUGUUAGACUGUGCUGAAAUACUAUGCAUAAUUGUACAUAUUGACAUAACGAUUGAAUACCACUUGAUUUUUGAGUUUAUCAGAAAAAUAUAUUGUACAUACAAAUAUAACUUUGCCGUCUAUUAACUGAAAAAGCAACUGUCAAACUGAAGUAAGGAAAACAAACAAUAUUGGUGCAUGUCCACAUUAUGCAUCUUUUUUGUUUUUCAUUCAUGAUAAGUAGCUACUCAUACUAAAGUAAUAGUUAUAUGGAUGGAUUCAUAGUAUGUGUCCUGGGCCGUGGCUUUUAGAAAUCUUCUCAGAUAGACUGUUUUAAACAUGUUUAGUUUGCGUCUGCUCAUCAUGGUUGUCUAACUGCAGCGUGGUGCUCUGUUUUUAAGAGUACAACUUUUGAAAUGUAUUUUGUAGGUUGUCGAAACGUGUACAGAUAAUUGUUUUCAAUAUCACUUAUCAUACCUUUGUAAGAGAGUAGCCGUACUUAAGCCGUGGUUUGAACUUUUUCUGAAUGGUAAAACAUGUGUUUACAUUGCCUGCCAUGUUUACAGCUCCUUGAUCAAGGAAGGAAUCAUGGGCUGGUUCUUGUCUCUGACGACACAGUUUUAUACUUACGCUUUUAUAAAGUGAAGCACUUUGUUAAUAUUGAUGAGUCUUACUUCUAAACUGUCUGAUUCUUGGCCAAUCUGUCAUCUGCAGACUGUUUAAAUCUCUCUUUGAAAAAACCUGAUCCUAUGCUUCAAGUGCACAUGUGUUUUAAAUGUUUACAUGUGAACAUCGCUGAAAAUAAGCACAUUCUCUUCUUUCACUGAUUUCAAGUUAAAUACGGAGGCCUUUGUUUGUAAUAUACUGUAGAAUGUAUUUGUGUUUAUUGAUGUUCUAAUCUCUAAAUGGAAGUACUGUUAUAUAUGUAUCAUUCUCUACUGAAGAAUAUGAAUAGAUCAACACUUUAUUUCUGAUAUUAUAGAAUUUAAUUAGAACACCUACAAGUGCAUUAAAACAACAGCAUACAUGCAACAUAUUUACAUAUAACAGGUGAGAGGGUGAAUGACAAUUUGAUGACCUGUAGAACACCAAAUUAAAUAUAAAUAUAACUGAAGAAUAAAGAUAAUUAAGAUACAACAA